AUGCACAGUAAAGAGAGAGAGAGACCGGCCAAAGCCCCGGGCGUGCGCAACUCCAUCACCUUCCACCUGACUCUUGUCCCCGCCCCGCCCCGCCCCGCCGCCGCCGCCGCCGCCGCCGCCACUACCUCGACUACAUUUCCCAGCAUGCUGCAAGACCUCCCCCCAACCCCCACCCCCGACUCAGGAAGUUGAAGUCUUUCUCUGCCGGGGCAGAUAGCUGGCGGAGUGAUGGCGGCCUUCAGGGUGCCGGGUUUUUCCUGGCUUUGCAGAGCGACGUCUCGGGGCACUGGGCUUCUAGGGGUCAGAGCGCCUCUCCAACCCCGGCUCCUGCUCUCGCCGGGGGCCUCUGACUCUUGUCGUCGGGUUGGCUCCGAGGCCAAUUCAUCUUGCUCGGAAACAAAGAAGCCAGAAUUCACAGAUGAGGAAGUUCAAAAUAUACUCACCAAAAUGACUGGUUUGGAUUUACAGAAAGUUUUUAAACCAAUUAAGCAAGAACUGAAACCACCAACAUAUAAGCUAAUGACAGAAGCACAACUGGAAGAGGCCAAAAGACAUGCCAUUGAGGCAGCUAAAGAACGGUUAAAAAUGCCUCCUGUGCUGAAAGAACGAAAGCCAAUCAAUGAUAUAUUAGCAGAUGAUAAAAUUCUUGAAGGAACUGAGACUGCCAAAUAUGUGUUUACUGAUUUAACGUAUAGCAUUCCACAUCGUGAGCGUUUCAUUGUUGUCAGGGAACCGAGUGGUAUUCUACGCAAAGCUUCCUGGGAAGAACGAGACAGAAUGAUACAGGUCUUUUUCCCAAAAGAAGGUCGUAAGAUUUUUCCACCACUUAUGUUCCAAGAAGAAAAUCUUCCAACUUUGUUCAGUCAGCAUCGUCAUGAAGAUGUCCUCAAUCUCUGUGUUGCACAGUUUGAGCCAGAUUCAGCUGAUUAUAUUAAAAUUCAUCACCAGACAUAUGACGAUAUAGAAAAGCAUGGAAAAUAUGACCUUUUGCGUUCAACAAGACACUUUGGUGGAAUGGUCUGGUAUCUGGUAAAUAGGAAAAUGAUUGAUGGUUUGCUGAUUGACCAGAUUCAGAGAGAUUUAAUGGAUGAUGCCACAAGUUUGGUCAUUCUGUAUCACAUGCUCCACCCACAUGGAAAUUCAGCUAAGCAGGCUAAAGAACAAGGAGCUGAAGGAUUAGACUUAAUUAAGGUCUUUGCAAAAACAGAAGCACAAAAGGGAGGAUAUAUAGAACUGACUUUACAGGCUUACCAAGAAGUGCUAAGUAGUCGUUCUGCAGCUUCCUGAAGAAAGUAAUUAAAUAAAUUAUCUUUUUAUUCAA